AGCCCUGCUGCGGGGACGACCAAUCAGCGGGCUCGUCUCACAGGAGGGCAGUGCGUAGAAACGGACAACAAACAUGGCGGAAGAACAUGGUGAAACACUCACAGAACCAAACUUGGAAGGACAGAUACAGAUGUCAGAAAAUCCUCAUGCAGAGUAUGGACUCACAGAGAAUGUGCAGCAGAGGAUAGUUGAGAAUGAAAAACUGAAUGCGGAGAAAACAUCGAAGCAGAAAGUUGAUCUGCAGUCUCUUCCAACUCGGGCAUAUCUGGAUCAGACAGUGGUGCCUAUUCUGUUACAAGGCCUAUCGGUUCUGGCAAAAGAAAGACCUCCUAAUCCGAUUGAAUUUUUGGCUGCCUAUCUUUUGAAGAACAAGACACAGUUUGAAGAAAGAAAUUAACUUGCACCAAAUCAAAUUUGAACUUCACCAGUCCUGUUUUAUCGAGAGGAUAGAAGUAAUUUUAGCUUCAACUAUCAGUUUGUAUAAACAAAUUUUAAACAGAAAAUGGGCCUGUUCGGAAGACCAGAGUAUGUGUGGAAUGGCCCAUUAUAUAUUGUAACUGUGCAGGGUUCCCCAUUGACUGUAAUUUAUGUAAACAUUGUGCUUCUAAAUAAACCAAGUGAUUUUA